GACGUGGUGGUCAACAACAUGUGGAGUGAAGAGAUAUAAAAUGUAUAAAAUGUUUUGAAGCCUGCUUCCUCUCCACAGAUCUCUACAGUUUCACACCAAAGCAGACCACCUCUGAAGUCUGAAGUCUAACGAAACCUCAGAAAUAGCAGUUGUGAAUUUGUUACAUGGAAUGAUGGCUGAAUCAAGAGAACAUGUGGAAUCUUUCCCGGAUGAGUUCAGGGAGCAGCUCACUGCUGGUGUGACAUCACCUGGAGCCACCACAGAAGCCUGGAUGUCACAGCAGCACAUGCCCAUCCCUGAAGAUGUGACACCGGAGGAACAGAAGAGGGUGCUGUUUCACACUGGGCAGGAAGAAACGUCACAGUCCAAAGAUAGUGUCUACCAGAUACUCACACAGGAGGAACAUGAGCCUUCAGCUGAUUUAGAGCAAAGACACAACAGGUCAAACAUCAUGCAAUUAGAAGACAAAUCAACACAAGUCAACAUGAAAACCAAUUGGGAGACCAUUCAAAGGCAAAGACCACUGACUUGUCAGCUGAUAGAGGAGAUUGAGCAACACUGGGAAAGAGAAAGAAACGAAAAAAGAUGCCUUAAGGCAAAAACAGAACAACAACAGAAGGACAUUGACAGACUGACCGCUGAAAAACACGAUCAGUACUUGAUAAUAAAAGCACUGGGAGUAAAGGUGGAAGAUGUUAUCGAGAAACUUCAGAAGAAUAAAAAUGAAGCCACUCAAGAAAAAAUGCAGCUUCUGACAUUGCAAGCCGAGAUCUACCAAGAGAGGGAAACUCUGGACAGAAGACAUAAUGAGAUCAUCAAUGAGCAAUGCAAGUUUGAAAUGAUCAAGUAUAAUAGGUCAAAAAUUGAGAGUAAGGAAGUCCAGGAGAUAAUGGACAGUCUGCUGAGUGCAAUGAACAAAAACAAGAAAAUAAUUAUUAAAGCAAAACAGGCAAAGCAACAAAUUGAGAAAAACUUAGAGGACGUAAAGGAAGAGUUAGAGAGAAAUAAAAAGGACAUAUCACAACAAAGAGAUCAAAUUGAGCAAAUCAAACAUAGUUUGAGUAUAAAUAUCAACAAGGUGAAGCAAAGGUGGAUAGAGUUUCAAAGAGAUACUGAAAUACAGAGAGUGACAGUUCCAGAGACAGGAAGGAGAGACGGACAGCAGGAAGGAACAGACACAUUUGAAAGUGUGAAAGAAAAACUCAGCAGAAUCCGACAAGAGAUGGAGAAAGUUUGGGACGUGCUGGAAGACAGUAAACAACAACUGGAUGUGACUGUGAGAGAGAAGCAGGAGGUACAUACACAGAGCAUUCAAAUGGAAAACAUGAAAUCUAACUCUCAACAGCUAAGACAAGACACAGAUACACACAUGAAAGUAACACACUGCGAAACUGUGAUUAAGACUGAUAUGCAGAGGCAAAAGCAAGACAUAGAGAAUGAGCUGAGACAGAUUCAGUGGGAAAAACAUGAAAUAGAAAGAAUCAACACUAAAAUCCAGGCAGAGAGAAAAAAUAUCGAGAGAGAGAGGCAGUCGGCUAAAGCAGAAAUGGAUGCACUGAAGUGUAUGAGGGAGAGUAAUGAGAGGCAAAGACAGGAACUGGACGACAAGCUACAAAGGACAAAGAGAGAAAUUAGAGAGUUGGAAGUGAUGAACUCUGAGAUUGAAAUAAAGAAAAGGGACCUGGUAAAAAUGAUAAGAAUGAGCAGAAGAAAAAAACAGAUAAGCGAGAUGAAGAAAGAAACUGAGCAUGCAACCCAAGACUUGGAGGACGGACAGAAUGUGAUGGUGGGACACAGGUCAGAGCAGGGGCUGGAGGUGAACAUGGAGAACACACUUAAUGAGAAUAUGACCAAAUUUCAACAGGUAGAUGUAAUGAAACCUAAAGGAAAUCAGGUUGAAGAGGACAACAUGGAGAUGAGCACAAAGAACAAAGAGAAAGGCAUGGAGGGAAUGAUUUUUGAAGUACAAGAAACAAAGAAGAUGCUGUGUAUGAUGAGAGAAGAUACAGAGAAAGGGAAAACAAUCUUUACAGAGGAAAUCAAAUGGAGGAAUUUUCAAGAAAAAAAAAAGAGGAGGAAGAUGGACCAAUGGCUGGAGAAGAUCAUAAAAGAGAGGGAUGAGUUAGAAAUCAUCAAGCUACAGAUACAGCGACAAAGAGAAGAGAUUGAACGAAAACUUCAAGAUACAAUAACUACAAUUCUGGCUAUGGGUGAGAUGAAAGCUAAUAUAGAAAAAGCUGUGACAGAGAUUACCAACAUGCAACUGGAAAUGCUCAAAACCCAAAGACAGAUGGAAAAGGACAAGGAAGAUGUCAGAAAAUACAAGGACAAGCUGAGUUCCUUGAAAACCUGUGUCAGUAGAUGGAUACUGACUGAAUCUGCAAUCAAAAAGACUUUUUCAGCAAAUUCCUCCGAACUCCAAGAACCCCAUAAAGAAACUCACAGAGAUUCCCUUCAAGAUCAAACACUGGAAAUCCCACCAGAUGAAGAAAGAGCUGCAGGUGAAGUUACACAAGGAGCCAUGUCUUUGCAACAGUGUCCUACAUUAGAAGACCAGCAUCAAAAUGAAGAAAUUAAAGAACAGGGACAGAAACAGUUAUUGUCAUUGGACAGUUUCAUUCAGACAGAAAAACAUGAAGAAACAUUAACAGAUAAUGAGUUUUCAGGAUUGUUAAUAAAUGGCAGACGAGUGGAAGAAAUGGACAAGCAGAUUUCCAAACUCAAGGAGAGAGAGGAGAGAAUCAAAGAACAAAUACACUAUGCUAUGGAGAGCAUGGAGAAAAACAAUCAAGAGAUUGAAAGGCUCAUUAUGGAUAUAUAUGAACUGCAGAGCCAGAGACCAGAAACCAGAUUACCAGUGACAUUCAGGGAAAAUGGACAUGUGGAGGGUCCUCUGCAAGAAACAGAGCACAGCUACCAUCUGUGGCUAAACACCAAUGUUUUCAAACAUGAAAUGAUGACAUAUGAACUCCAAGAGCAAAAAGACGUGAAUAGUUAUGAAAUGAGACAAGAAGCAACUGAUGAGUCGGACAAAAUGAGACUGGAUAUUGAGAAGGAAAAACAAAAUCAGGAGUCAAAAACAGAUCCGCUGACACAUAGUGAGAGGUUGGAUGGCUCUGAAAUCAACACAGAAAGGGACAAACUGACAAAGAUCAGAAUGCGAAAAGACAUGGAAGAAAUGGAAAAUGAAAUCUUAGGACUCCGAUCAGAUAAGGAGAAAGCUGAGGUAGAAAUACAUGAGAUGAACUGUUUAAGGGAGUCAAUCAAAAGACAGACACAGGAGCUUGAAGACAGAGCACAAAUAGCCAAAAGAGAAAUACGAGAAAUGGAGCUGCUGAAGUCAGAACUGGAAAUAAAGAGAAAAGAAUGUGAACAGAUGCUAAGAAAAAGCAUGAGAAAAAAAGAGGAGAGUGAAAACAUGUUGAAUGAACUGCAAAGAGAAAAGGAAUUACUGAGGAGAGAGACAAAAAAGAAAAGAAGAGAAUUAGACCAAAGACUCGAGAAAACCAUGAGAGAGAGAGAUGAAUUGGAAGUGCUAAGGAUAAAACUGCAAAAACAAAGGGAAGAGCUUGCUGUGGAGAAGCAGGUGAGAAGCAACAAGGAGAAAGCUGAAAUGAUACAUCAAGCAUCAGAGGCCAUUGACCUCCAAACCAUGAGACAAAAGAUUCACCUUCUCUUGGAAAUAAUUGGAAAGGAAAGGGGAAUUCUGGAAAAUGUCAAUGUUCACUUAGGGAAACAAAGAGAAGGGCUCAAAGCAUUGCAAGGUGAGAACAUAACCUUAAGAGAUAACAUGGUCAGAUUAAGAUCUCAGAUAAAGCUGGCCUUUGGAAAACUGUCUGUACAAGCGGAGGCAGAGAUAAAUCAAAUUGUCCAAAUGAGGGAUGAUGUGCAAAAACAAAAAUAUGACCUUGAUAUGGGACUAGAGAAAGUUAAAAGAGAAAGAAGAGAGAUGGAAGUGUUAAACACUGAGUUGGACAUCAAAAAAAGAGAAAAUCAACAAAUGAUCCGAAAAGGCAUUCGAAAAGAUCAGGAAGUUAGAAAAAUGUGGACAGAGGUAAAAGAAGAAAAAGACAUCCUCAAGAGGGAGGCACGGAGGAAGAAGAAAGAGCUCGACCAGCAGUUGCAGAGGAUUAUCAGAGAGAGAGAUGAACUAGAGAUUAUGAAGCUGCAAAGAGAAAGGGAUGACAGCAAAAGUUUGGCAGAGCAGCAGAAGGCAUCAGCAUCAACAAAUGCUGCAAAUCAAAUUCAAAGGCACUGGGAACUAAUUACCAUGUGUAUGGAGAAGUGUAAACACAUGAAGAAACACAGUGAAGGUUUGCAUGAAGCAAUACAAAAUGAAAAUCGACAAAUCAAGGGCCAGGCAGAAAUCAUUAUCCAGGCAAGGGAAGAAGUGGAAAUUACCGUAGCGGAAAUAAAAAGACAAAAGGACAAGAUGAUGUGUCUAUUAAAGAGCAUUCAGCAAAGGCAAAGAAAUUUGGAGGAAGUGGAGAUUAAUUUCAAUAAAGAAAGUAAACCAAUAGAAGAAGACAAGGAGAAAGGUGCCGAGAAAUCAGAAGAGGUAGUCAUGAAAGAAAGGAAGUUUCUUGAAUCUCAAAGGUUAAUCCUCAAAGUUCAACAACAGAAACAAAACAAAACUCAAAGAAAAAUGAAGAGACUGCUGAACAGCACUGACGGUGAAAAGGAAUCAGAAAGUCUAGAAACGAAAAGGAAAAUGAUGCAAAUUCAAAUAGAUGAAUCAAAGGAAAAAGAGGAGGAAGCCCAAUGUGGUAAAAAAGAAGAAGAGGUGACAAGUGAAAUGAAAGAAGAAAAACCUUCAGAUGAGCAGCAGAAAACAUUUGUGUUGCACUUGAACAAACCACUUAAAAUGGACAUUAAGAAGGACAACGUUUCAAAGAGAGGAACACAGGUAUUUGUGAGACUUGAUACUUCAGCAGGAAGAGAGGAAUUACAAGGAAAAAAUAAAUUGGAAUUUGGGUUUAAUGAAUCAAACAUUGCAAACCAGCAGAAAGACACAGACCUACAACACCUGGCUGGUGGCCGUACAAACACAGAUCAAUCAGAACAAGACAAAAAACAUGAAGUGGUGACCAAAGAGAUGCUACAAAUCAGAAACAAUGACAAAACAAAUACAGAAGAUGGCGAAGUUAAUGAAGAAUUAGAAAAGACACCAAAAACCACUGAACUGAAUAAAGAGAGGGAACAAAUAGACCUAUUACAAGAGGAUACACAAUGUUUGAAAGAUGAAAGGGAG